AUGAUGAUGACGUGCCGUCUGCUGUGCGCCCUGUUGGUGCUCGCUCUGUGCUGCUGCCCGUCCGUGUGCGCGGCAGGGAGUGGAGAUAAACCUGAUAAAGCUGGAGAAAAUCCAACGCUCCAGGAUUCAGUGGUUUCAAACGAUUCCGACAAUACACGAGCAAAAGGCACGGAACUUAAUGGACAGACUUCAGAUAAGGAGGCCGAUUCGUCAGAGAGACCAUCGAAGACCGUCUCUGCGUCACCAACUCCAUCUCCGACAGGUGCAGAAGAAGAAGGAUCAAGUAGGGUACCCACUUUGCAAGAUGGAAGAAGUGCGUCUGGUCAGCCAGGGGUAUUAGAAGAAAAUAUCAUUUCGCCGGGAUCAACAGGUGAUUCCGAUAAGUCAGAUGUAAAUAAUCGGGAGCAUAAUAAAGAAGUGGCGCUAGCCGGUAAAGAGGUUAAGGAACAGGCACCAAACACGACAACCACAACAACCACAACUACAACAACGACCACCACCACUGCGCCAGAGGCACCAAGUGAUACGGCCAUGAAUGCAGAGGCGCCAACCACGACGACUUCCCACGCACCGUCACGUCUUCGCGCAAUCGACGGCAGCCUCAGUAGCUCUGCGUGGGUGUGUGCCCCGCUGCUGCUCGCCGCAUCCGCGCUGGCGUACGCCACUCUGGGCUGA